CAUUCACGUCUCGGCUCCCACACACACUCCCCCUCUCUCUCUAAAAAGCAAGGAAGCUGAAAAAGGAAGAGAUAGGCUGUGAGAGUAGAGAGAGAGAGAGAAAAAAAAUCAAAGAUGGAAAUGCAUUUUGGAGCUAUGGUCAGAUUUCAUCUGCUAUGGCUGUUCAUUUUCUGCUCAGCUUUCUCUUUGUCUUCAGCUGGACCUGCACCAUUUGUCAUGCGCAUAAGCUGUGGAGCUCGUGAAGAUGUUCAUACACCGGCAUUCAAUACAUUUUGGAAUAAGGAUUUUGCAUAUACAGGAGGAGUUCCUACUAAUGCAACACGUACAAGCUAUAUCAGUCCUCCUCUUAAAACACUUCGCUACUUUCCACUAUCUGAAGGUCCUGAAAAUUGCUACAACAUUAACAAUGUGCCAAUUGGACACUAUUCUGUCAGGGUGUUCUUUGGACUGGUUGCACAACCUAAUUUUGAUAAUGAACCUCUAUAUGAUGUUUCUGUCGAAGGCACUCAAAUAUGUUCUUUGCAGUCAGGUUGGAGUGGCCAAGAUGACCAAGCAUUUGCUGAAGCCCUUGUGUUUCUUCUAGAUCACACUGCCUCUAUCUGCUUCCAUAGUACCGGUCAUGGAGAUCCAGCAAUUCUUUCAAUUGAAAUUCUUCAAGUCGAUGAUAUGGCAUACUAUUCCGGUCCAAUGUGGAGUCAAGGAACAAUCCUUAGAACAGCCAAAAGACUGAGUUGUGGUACAGGAAAGUCAAAGUUUGAUGUAGAUUAUAGUGGUGAUCGCUGGGGUGGAGAUAGAUAUUGGCAAGCCAUACCAACUUUUGGUCAGAAUUCUGACACACCAAGAUCUACUGAAAGUAGCAUUAAACAGGCUUCAGUUUCACCAAACUUUUAUCCAGGAGCUCUUUACCAGUCAGCACUUACUAGUACCGAUACUCAGCCCGAUUUAACAUAUACAAUGGAUGUGGAGCCCAAUAGAAACUACUCAAUUUGGUUACACUUUGCUGAGAUUGUUUCUUCCAUCACUGAUGUCGGGCAAAGGAUAUUCGACAUCUUGAUAAAUGGCAAUGUUGAAUUUAAUGAUGUUGACAUUAUCAAAAUGAGUGGCGGUCGUUAUACCGCUCUUGUUCUUAACAAAACUGUUGUUAUUAAUGGAAGGACUUUGACAAUAACAUUGCAUCCUAAAGAAGGCAGUCUUGCCAUUAUCAAUGCUAUUGAGGUGUUUGAGGUUAUUGCAGCAGAAUCCAAAACUUCGCUAGAAGAAGUUGGCGCUCUACAGACAUUGAAGAAAGUGUUGGGGCUUCCUCUUCGGCUUGGAUGGAAUGGUGAUCCAUGUGUUCCCCAACAACACCCAUGGAGUGGGGCAGAUUGCCAAUUUAACAGUACUGGCAACAAAUGGGUCAUCGAUGGACUUGGUCUUGACAACCAAGGUCUGAGGGGUUUCUUGCCUGAUGACAUAUCCAGACUGCAUCAUCUGAAGAGCAUAAACUUGAGUGGGAACAACAUUCGUGGGGUCAUUCCUUCCUCACUUGGAACAAUAGCUAGCCUAGAAAUAUUGGACCUGUCCUACAACUCUUUUAAUGGAUCAAUUCCUGAAAGCCUUGGACAGUUGACAUCACUACUGAUAUUGAAUCUUAAUGGCAACUCUUUGUCCGGAAGAGUCCCAGCCGCACUAGGAGGAAGGCUGUUGCAUAGAGCUAGCUUCAAUUUUACGGAUAAUGCAGGUCUUUGUGGCAUACCUGGGCUACAAACAUGUGGGCCCCACCUUUCCGCUGCUGCAAAGGUUGGCAUUGCUUUGGGUGCAUUGGUGUCAUUACUACUCAUUGUUAUCUGUUCACUGUGUUGGUGGAAAAGGCGGCAAAAUAUCAUCCGUGUACAGCAGCUUGCAGCACGAGAAGCUCCCUACGCGAAGGCAAGGACUCAUUUAUCACGUGAUAUCCAGAUGACGAGGCAUAAUAAUCAUGGCCAUUCUCGGACUGCUGCUGAGAACGGGCCUAGUUUGCUAUCAUGAUGAGGUCAAACAUGUGCUCCUGCUUCGGGCCUGGACUCUUCACAUUGUAUCAAAACACCAGUCUUGUGGCCAGUUGGAUGAUUCGGCCUUGCAGAUUUUGCCUGGUGUGCUACUCUCUUCUUUCAAAUUCUUGUUCAGUGAGUCCUGAAUACCAAAUAGAAUCACUCCUAUAGAAUCAGAUCCCACCUUGGUGGCACCAAAUUCCCUAAUUACAAAUCCUGUAUAUUUUUCCCAUUCUUUUUGUUUUCGGGGUUUCUUUUUUCCAAUUGGUCAAAGAAAUGUUGUAACAAAUCAGAGAAUAGAUGCAUAGAAAUUCAAAAUGUUUACUAAAUUUAGCCUUA